ACAACAACAACAACAACACCACCAUUCGAAAAGCUCGAAACCAACCAUGGGCGGCGGAAGCCAAACCAGCUUCAACGAUGACUCCACUGCCUCCUCUCUCUCCUCCGGCGACGGCGCCUCCGGCGAUAGGUAUCAUCGGGCUUAUCUCGACCUCCUCAACGCCUAUGAGUCCUCUGCUGACCGAGCCAGUUCCCUUCCACGCCUCAAGGACGCUCUUCGAAGCUUCAAACCGGGAGAUUGGAUUGAGUUCGUCGGCGGCACUGCUCGCGCCGAUUACGUUGUCCCGGAGACCACCACUCUGCUUCUCGUCGGCCCGCGAGCCUCCGGGAAGACCUCUCUUGUGAAUCGAAUUUCUAGGGUUUUUGAGGAUGAUGAUUUCCUCCCCGAUCGUGCUCAGGUUUCAUAUAACCCAGAUAUUUCUCAAGGGACGUUCUUCUUGCAAGAGUACAUGAUUCCUCGGAAUUCGAAGUCUUUUUGUAUCUUUGACUCUCGGAGUUUGUCAAUGGUGCCAUGUGAGAACUUCAAAUUGCUGGAGAAGUGGAUGACACAUGGUGUGAGUCAUGGUGAGAUGGUCCUUAGAGACUCGGAUGAUGCGAGUACAAGGAAAAGGAUGAAAACUACCGCUGCAAGAUUUGGUGUUUGCCAAAGUAGAUCUGUGAACUUUGUCAUAUUUGUUGCCAACGCUUUAUCUGUUCUGAAAUCCAUGGAUGAGAAUGGCCGUGAAUAUCUGAACCUGCUGAUAGAAACCUUCAACCAUCCAUUCUUAUCCUUCAGAGAUAGCAAGCCUGUUGUUGUGGUGACUCAUGGUGAUGGGCUUUCUUUGGCUAGUCGCGCUCGCGUCUCUGCUUAUCUGGGAGAGGUUUUGGGCAUCCCACCAACUAAACAAAUUUUUGACAUUCCUGACACUGGUGAUUCUGUUUCUGAAUUGGCCAUGAUGGACAUGUUACGUUAUUCGCUUGAGCAUGCUGACAGAAACCUUCCUUUAAAAUUCAAAACCCUUGUCUCACUAGAGGGCAAAAAGAUGCUGGAAUGGACAGUGAGCAGAUCACAGACUAUAGUUGACAUAUUAAGCUGCAUAUGCAUCUGCAUACUUAUUUUCCACUUAGUACUGAGUUUUCAAGCAAAAAGAAGAUAAGAAAAGCAGGAGUUUAUUAUCUUCAAUCUUAACACAUUGUUACUAUUUGUCCCUGCUUAGUCUUAGUAUUCAUGUCCCUCUGUCCAUUAGUAAAUAAGUUUGACGAAUAUAUUACUAUUUCUUGUACAUGGUUAAAUUUUCUCUUGAUGAAUGGUAUGCCUUCAAAUAAAGAAACAAGCAAUAAUAAUAUACUUCAUGGA